UGUCCAUAGAUCUCUUUUAGUCUAAGCAUUUGAAUUCUAAACCCUAACAUCUCUCACCAUCUUUUCUUUUGGGGGUUCGAUUAUGGAGAUUUCCUCAAUUUCCACCAAUUCAAUUCACUAUUUCUGUCCCUCAACAGAGUCUCUGUUGUUCAAGAGCGUUAAGCUUCCUUCGUGGGAUCAACACCCGGGGUCCAUUUCUUUGAAUUCAAGAACUGAACAACGUUUAUCUGGUCGGCUAUGUUGUCUCGGUAACAAGCAGAACUUAGUGAAGGUUAAAUGUAGUCAAAAGAGAGAAAUUCCGGUUCUCGAGGGCAGUUCUAUGCAUGAGGUUUUUGAUAAUUUGGCUGAGCGUAUUCUUCCUACAUCAGCAGUAGCAUCGAAUCCUAAUACAAAGCAUAUUGUAGGUUUGGCUGGCCCUCCUGGUUCUGGGAAAAGUACUCUAGCUUUUGAAGUUACACAGCGCAUAAACAAGUUAUGGUUCCAUAGGGCUUGUGCUUCUGAUCCUCAAGUUAAGCCUCCAGAUGUUGCUAUAGUUAUUCCAAUGGAUGGGUUCCAUCUAUAUCGUUCGCAACUAGAUGCAAUGGAGAAUCCAAAAGAAGCACAUGCAAGAAGGGGAGCUCCUUGGACUUUUGACCCCAUGUUACUGCUAAAUUGCCUCAAGAAUCUAAGGGAUCAGGGUUCUGUUUAUGCACCAUCAUUUAACCAUGGUGUUGGAGACCCUGUUGAAGAUGACAUCUUUGUGAGCCUUCAACAUAAAGUGGCCAUAGUAGAAGGAAAUUAUCUAUUGUCCGAAGAAGGGGUUUGGAAGGAGAUAUCGUCUAUAUUUGAUGAGAAGUGGUUCAUUGAUGUCGACCUUGGCACGGCAAUGCAACGAGUCCUUGAAAGGCAUAUCUCAACAGGAAAGCCCCCUGAUGUUGCUCAAUGGCGGGUAAAUUACAAUGAUAGACCCAAUGCAGAGUUUAUAAUGAAAUCAAAGAAAAAUGCUGACUUGGUAAUCAAGUCCAUUGACUUCUCUCAAGUUAAUUAAACCUGAUGAAAUGUUCGAGUAAAGGGCAAUUGGUUUGUAUUCUCUUUUAGUGUAGAAACAAAUUGGGGAAGGGGAUGUCAAUGUUAUUACCCUGAUCCUUGAGAUGUCAACCCUUGUUA